AGUUUGGCGGUAAAAAAAAAAAAAGAAGCUGUUCCUUUCCCAGCUCUUGUCCUGUUGUAUUGGAGAAGCUGAGCUGUGAGGUGGACGGACAGGAGUCACACACAGACAGACUCCGCAUCAGAGGGACUCAUUACUAACCUGUAAACCUGUAAAACCUGAUCUCAAGUGAGUCCUGGACCCACUUCUGGUACUGGACUUUAAAGUACUGGAUGUUUUUGAAGUAGAUUAUUUAUUUAAACCUGCAGUUUUUUUUUGUAACUUGUAGGGUAAGUUUUCCUCUCCACUUUGUUACCGGACAAAGGAUAACAACACCAACUAGUCUGCUGACUAAUACUACUAGAAAAUACACAAUUUAACACAUGCAUUUUGCAUUUAAUAGGUUGAUUUCAGCUGCAUGAGUGCCUCUUUUUGUUAUUAUUAAAUACAUGUUCAUAUUAAGCCUAUAGCAGCAGCAACUUGCUACUAACAAGGUUUAUUUAUUUUUUUAUUUAGCAUAGCAUUUCUCGUGCUAUAGCUCGCAGCUUGACCAAUAUUAUAUUAUAUUAUAUUUAGUUAACUCAGGUAAAAUGAUGCGGAUGCCUAAAGGCGUCUCUCCGGCUCCGGGUCGGCCGGUAGUAGUGGGACUUCCUUGCCCUCCCCAGCAGCAGAAGCAGAUGAAGGUUUUGUCCACCAGUGGAGGAGUGAAGACCGAGUUGUUCUUCAGCACCGGGUUGUCCAGUCCACCGAUGAGCUCGGUACCGGCCGGCUACUUCACCCAGAUCUGCAACACCGCGGUGGCCGAACAAAGAGCCAACAACAGCCUGUACUCAACCCCCCACGGACCAGAGGCUAAUAAACCCAUCAGAUCAUCCUCAGGCAGACUGCCGGCCAAAAGGAAGCUGGAUCUGGAGGACCCUCUUUACCUGCCAGAGUUCCGCACACCAAAAGGCAAAGGCAGCAUCGCAGCCAGGAUACCAAGUCCAAGAACUCCAAAGUCUCCAGGUGAGCGGACGCGGUACGACACCUCCCUGGGCCUGCUGACCAAGAAAUUUGUGGGUCUGAUCGCGGAGUCUCCUGAUGGAGUUCUUGACCUGAACUGGGCCACUGAGGUUCUGGAGGUCCAGAAGAGACGCAUCUAUGACAUCACCAACGUCCUGGAGGGAGUCCAGCUCAUCCGAAAGAAGUCCAAGAACAACAUCCAGUGGCUGGUUGGAGAUGUAUUUGAGGGCGGUGCAGGUGGAGGAGAGAAGGCCUGCGCCCUGAGGAAAGAGCUUGGAGAGCUGGAGAAAGUCGAGCGAUCUCUGGAUGAACUGAUCCACUCCAGCACCGCGCAGCUCAAACAACUCACCGAAUAUGAAGACAAUAAGAGAUUGGGCUACGUGACAUAUCAGGACAUCCGCUCCAUCGGCACUCUCAGAGACCAGACGGUAAUUGCCGUUAAGGCCCCGGCUGACACCAAACUGGAGGUGCCAGACACGGCAGGGGGCUCAUUACAGAUCUAUUUAAAGAGUAAGAAUGGUCCCAUUGAAGUCUACCUGUGUCCAGAGGAAGGUCUUGAAGAUGCCAGCCCAGUUAAAAGCGCUGUCACCCCCAAAAAGGAGUUCCCUCCACCCCUCGGUCCUCCAACUGCAUCCCCAAUGGCGCCACCAAGCUACAGCAUCAAAGACGAGCCUGUUGAAUCUAACAUAUCUACAGCAGCUCCAGCCACCUCAUCAGAUGCAGCCUCCACCACCACCCUGCUGGACGUCGAGCGUCUUCUGGGUUUGCCCCCCAGCCUGCUCCAGAUCACAGAGGACCAGCUCCCUUGUACCUCGUUCCAUCCAGACCCCAACACCCCCUUCGUCAGUUUCUCUCCGCCUCUGGACCACGACGACUACCUGUGGAGCCUGGAGGAUAGCGAGGGAGUGUCAGAUUUCUUCGACACCUAUGAUCUCGGAGAACUGUUGAAAAGCUGAGGUGCGGGUGAAGGAGGCGGGAGGAAAAUUUGGGGGAGAUUAGGAGGGGAAAUAUUUAAUUGAAUGCCUUCACGAGGUUGGAAAUAUUACACUAUGAAGCCAUAACUCUUUGCCUGUUUUAAUGUCAGUGAUUCCAAAGGAGGAGUUUCCCCCUUUUUGUAUUUUAUUAAAGUGAAAAUCAUUUGUACAUAAUAAAUGAUCAAACUGGGAGGUCGGCUGAGGCUGAGAUUCACACGGAUGUGUAAUCUCCAACCGUUAGGAAACACUGUUUUAAAAGCAGGGAUUGUUUUGGAUUUUCUGUCACAUUUUCAGAUUGCGCUACAAACAUGUAUGAACUCAUCAACUCAAACACAGGAGUUAUUAUGCAUAUUGCAUCCCCGGGAACAGAAUCUGAUGCAUUUGGUUAUCAGGCGGUGUUUACAGUGUGACAACUCAGGAAUUUUCUUUUGCUUCCUUGUUUCCAAAGUCUAAAUGUUUUUGUGCCACUCUUUGGCCCGUAGGGGGCAGCCUUGUAUUAUGUCAGCUUUAACUGCCAUGCAGCUUUACAUGAUUCAAUCACUGGAAGAGAGUAAGCUAAAGCCACCAAGAACCAUACACAGGGUGUGUUUUUAAAGUCUUAUCUUCAACACUGACCAAAUUAAACUGUGAAUAAUCCCGGUCCUCGUAGAUCCACAAGCAUCUACGGCCUGAACACGCAGUAUCGCGUGAAAUCUGAAAUUUUUUGAGGUCAUGUUGCUUCUAUCUGAUCAGGUUCGCGCUCUCCUGCCUUAAGCUUUAUGUGGCUUGUACCUGUUUGGUGCUGCGUCGUGUGCCAAAAUGGGAACGGUAGCUUCUGACACCCGAUAGUUGACCCACAUCCAGAGUUAAUGACUGAUAUUAAGUGAACACACACACAAUCUCAGACUGAGCAAGAGUUCUUGUUUGUUUGGCAGCUUUAUUUCAAAUCCAGGUGCUCCUCUGUUGAUAGGAGUUUGCUGAUUUGCUGAUUUUUUGAUUUAGUAGUGUGAAACUACUAUUGUAUUUCUGAGGAAAUAACACAAAAUAAAUGAAAUGCAGGAUCUGUGUUGCAGGUGUUGCGGAAGGGGGGGGGUAAUUGAUGUAAUUAAGGUUUAAUUAGAGUAGCGAUUUGCUUUUCCUCUUGUUCUGAAGUCUGUUGAUCUAGCAGCAACAGAAACAAGAAUAUGUUUACCGUUCAAAUUUCAAGCCCAUGAAUGCUUUCCCACGUGUUGGUGCAACAGUUUCACAUGUCAAAGACAUGCACCCGAGGUCAGAGCAGCUGUGUGACUUUUAUCUGUUCAAAGUUUUUUCUUUUUUCGAAGCGUUCUAGACAUUUGGAAAUUUGAAUUUUUUCAUGCUGAUGUAUUUUGUUGGCUUUCCCUCUACACUGCAGAGAUAAGCUAAGUGUCCUGUCCUAACAAAACUUGAAAAUGUGUGUUUGCGUGUGUAUUUGACAGCUUGGGAAAUUGGUGUCAUGGUGUGUUUGUGUGUGAGUUUUUACAAUAUAGAUUAGAGAAUGUGAAUUCAGAAUUUGUAGGUUUUUUUUUUUUAAUGAGCAUUAUUUUUCUGGUAUUUGUACAUAGUUUGUUUUGUAUUUAUACCUAUUAUUUCUGAAUUUUUUGAAAGCCUUUUUACAGAAGGCUGUUUUUCUAUGACAUGCGGCACUUAAUAUUUUGUAAUAUUGUGUGGUCUGUUUGAAAUGAUUGAAUAAAUUCCGAAGCCAUGGUUUACACUUGGAA